AUUUUGUAAUAAAUUAAUCAAUUAUUUGCGAAUACGUUUAAUUUUAUUAUUAUUACUAGUGUAAUAUCCUAAAAGUGAAUAUUUUGAUUCGUAUAAAUCGGCUGAUAUUGUUUAAGAUCAGAUCUUUUAUGUGCUAAAAUAUAAAGUGUGUAACAACAUGAUAAAGGAAAACAAACUGCUAUUACACAUUACUGUAGUGGUAGCCGCAUUGUCUGUCGGUCUAUGUAAUGUACAGCCUCCUGUAGUCAAUCCGAGUGUCCUGACGCAGUCGAAAAGCCUCGGAGAGUGUCAGGCUUGCAAGUUGUUCAUCGACUCAUUCAAGAAUGGCCUUGAACGAACUGCUAGAGGGAAAUACGAGGGCGGCGAUGCUGCGUGGGAGGAGGAAAAGCUGAAGAAGUCCUACAAACGCAGUGAGAUGCGCCUGAUCGAUAUACAAGAGAGUAUCUGUAAGGAGUCCAAGCACUCUGUUCAGUGUCACCACAUGGCUGAGAAAGCUGAAGAAUUUAUAGAGGAAUGGUGGUCUCAAAAUCCAGAUGAGUCUGAAGACUUGUACACUUAUAUAUGUAUAGAGAAAAUGCAGGUGUGUUGCCCUAAAUUUCACUAUGGGAAAGACUGCACCCCAUGUCCAGGAGAUCACGAGAAAUUAUGCAGUGGUAAUGGGAAAUGUAGGGGUGAUGGAACCCGAAAAGGAAAUGGCACAUGCCUAUGUGAUGCAGGCUAUACAGGGGUGAACUGUGAUCAGUGUGCUUCUGGAUAUUAUUUAGCAUACAAAGAUGAUAGUAAGAUGUUAUGUUCUCUAUGCCACAAGUCGUGUAUGGGUGGCUGCCGUCAAGGUACACAGAAGGAUUGUGUUGCUUGUAAGCCUGGCUUUAUAUUCGAUUCAGAUGAAGGCUGUUUAGAUAUCAAUGAAUGUGAUGAGCCAAACAAAUGUACAAAGGAUCAAUUUUGCCUGAACUCGAUCGGUUCAUUUGCAUGUAUGAAUUGUGAUAAAUCCUGUAACGGUUGCCAUGGCGAUGGGCCAGAUAUGUGCAGGAAAUGUGCGAAAGGCUACUCUAAGAAAGGAGAGUUCUGUAUAGCAGAUCGUGAAGACGAGGACCAAUCUGAGAAGCUGACAACAACACGGUACAUGACCUAUGUGGGUUUGCUUAUUGCCACUGGAAUACUGCUGCCGAAAUCUACCUCCCUGGGAAGCUUGGUCGGUGCAAUGGUCCUGUCAUACAUUGUUGGUGCUGAAUAUUACUGCAUGAUAAACGGCCACACAGGCCUCGUUAAUCUGAAAGACUUUGAUUUGAUACAAUUAUUUCGUACCUAAAAUGUAACUGUAAUUGUACCAAUAGUACUAAGUUGUAAAUUAUAUGAUAAUAAAUUAUUAUUUAUAAUGACAAUUAUGUGAUAUUUUCUGCAUACAUUUGGUUGAAUGUUAAGUAUUAAGUUUUGUGUUUAUGUGAUAUUAAAAUAUGUGAAAUAGUUUUAUGUUUAUGUAUUAACCAUUUUUUCAUAUUGAAAACGAUAAAUAUAAUCCUACUACACAUAAAAAAAAAAAAUUUGGAUUGAAUCAGUUUGAAUAACAAAUAUUUUUUUUUUACAACACGGGGCAAACGGGCAUGCGGCUCACCUGAUGGUAAGUGACUACCGCCGCCCAUGAUCACCCACAACACCAGCGGCAUUGCAGGUGUGCUGCUGGCCUUUUAAAAAGUGUAAAAUAUUCAGUGUUUUGUUUCUUUGUUGCAAGUUAUAACUAAUAAUAUUAAUAUUUAUUGUAAAUAAGGGGUUUACUUGGUUUUGUAAUUUAUUAAAUUUAUUCUUUAUAGUACUCGGAAAUGCAGUAAUAAUUAUAGUUCGAGACUGGUGAACUUAUGUUUAAAUGAGAUCUCUUUCGGUCAACAGUAACUAACUACAUCUUCACUUCGUAUUGUGAAUCGUUUUUUUAUAAAUAAUAUUUAU